GAAAGGGCAAAACAUGGGAAUUAAGCAAGCAUUCCACAUGAUGCACCACCUGUGGAAGCAACCUGACAAAGAAGUUAAACAUCUGGCAAAAGAGUAGAUAUAAACUGAAAUACCUCUUCCUUCUCACACUCAUUCAAGAAAAGAACAGAAAUAGAGAGUAUAAAAGAGAAAUGCAAGGACUUGUGAGAGCAGUACGAUCUUGCCAGGAAACAAUCAAGGAUGCAAAUUUGCAACAUGUGCAUGGAGGAGCAAGUGAUUUGGGAAAAAUAUUUUCGUGUUUUCGACGUGUGACCUUCUCUAGAUCUUCACCUGAGCAGCUGAAAGGGUUGGAGAAUGUAACAGUAGCAGAGGUGCUGAUGACAAAAGGAGGAGAGAAAACUGGUUCCUGGCUGUGGUGCCACACUAAUGAUGCUGUCAUUGACGCAGUAAAAAAUAUGGCUGUCCAUAAUAUUGGGUCACUGGUUGUGGUAAAGCCUGGAGAAAAACAUCUUGCAGGAAUAGUCACUGAAAGAGACUACUCGAGGAAGAUAAUCGCACCAGGAAGAUCACCCAUAUGCACGAGAGUUGAGGAAAUAAUGACUGCUAAGGACAAAGUAUUAACAGUGACAUCUGAUACCAACAUUCUUCAAGCAAUGCAGCUUAUGACAGACAACCGGAUACGGCAUAUUCCAGUGGUAGAUGGGAGGAUAGUUGGCAUGAUCUCUAUUGUAGAUGUUGUGAGAGCAGUAGUGGAGCAGCAAAGUGGGGAAUUAAAGCAACUAAACCAGUUCAUUAGAGGAGACUACUAACAGAAUAAUCAAAUGUUUUACACCAAGCAGUGUUGUUGAUAACUACUUGAUAAUCAUGGGUUGCAAAAGAAGCAUCGUUUUAACUUUUA